AUGGCCGUGGCGGCGGCUGAGAAGGCCGUGAGGUGCCUCGGCCGGGGCUUCGACAUGACGUGCGACAUGAGGCUCAAGUACUGCAAGGACGCAGGCGGGUGCCUCGUCGAGAGGAGCGGCGUCGAGACGGCGCCGCUCGCCGUGCCCGGCGUCGGGACCAUCGGCGGCGUGCCCGUCGACGUUAAGUGCGGCAAGGGCGACCGUGUCCGGCUCAAGUCCGGCGUGCUCGAGUUCAACAAGAUGUCGGAGCUGUUCAACCAGCGGAGCUCGGUGGAGGGGAAGAUCCCGUCGGGGCUGUUCAACGCCUGCUUCGACCUGGACAGCGGCUCCUGGGCGCAGGACGCGGCCGCCACCAAGUGCCUCGCAAUGGACGGCUACUUCAUCUCCCUCUUCGACCUCCGCCUGGACCGCCGCCCGCUCGCGCUCGCCGACCACGUCCGCCGCGACGUCCCGGCCGCCUGGGACCCCGCCGCCAUCGCCAGGUUCAUCGAGAAGUACGGGACGCAUGUGGUGGUGGGGCUGAGCAUGGGCGGCCAGGACGUGGUGUACGUGAAGCAGGACGGGUCGUCGGCGCUGCCGCCGUCGGAGAUCAAGGAGCAUCUCGACAGGCUCGGCGACCAGCUCUUCACCGGCGCCUGUGCCAUGCCUCCCCUCCGCUGCAAGUCCAAAGACAGGCUCAAGAUGCCAGAGGCCUUCAACGUGUUCGACGCCCAGGUAGCGCAGCAGCGGCUUCAAGCAGGGAUCACCACGCUGGUCUCCUCCAAAGAGGGCGUGACGGUCAUAUACUCCAAGAGGGGAGGCAACACGACAGUGGGCAGCCACUCUGAAUGGCUGCUCACCGUGCUGGCGACGCCCGACGUGAUCAACAUCAAGGCUGUGCCCAUCACCUCCCUCGUCAAGGGCGUGCCUGGCGCCGGCUACCUUUCUCACGCCAUCAACCUCUACCUCAGAUAUAAGCCUCCUGUAGCUGACCUCAAGUACUUCCUGGAUUUCCAGCAUCACAAGAUGUGGGCGCCGGUGUUCGGCGAGCUGCCGCUCGGCCCAUGCUCCAACCGGCAGGGCUCCAGCCCGGCGCUUCAUUUCAGCCCGUUGAGUUCUAAGCUCUAUGUCAGCCCAAGUCAGGUGAUUGCCCCUCGAUUGCCAGUCACUGGGAUGCGGCUGCACCUGGAGGGCAAGAAACACAACCGGUUAGCCGUCCACCUGCAGCACCUAUCGACCACCCCGACGUUCAUCGCCGCCGCGCGGCACGACAAACCUCCGGUGUGGCGAGGUUCGGACGCUGCCUCCGGCUCCGACGACAGGUACUACAAGCCGGUCCAGUGGCGGAUGUUCGCGCGCGUGUGCACCGCGCCGGUCAAGUACGACACAGGGUGGCGCGGCGCCGGCGCCGGCGACCGCGACCGCGACCUCGACCGGAGCGCGGCCUGCGUCGUCACGGGCGCGCAGCUCCACGUCGCGGCGCACGACGCCACCGACGUGCUGCACCUCAGGCUCCUCUACGCGGAGCUCCCCGGCUGCUCCGUCGUGCAGUCCAGGUGGGCGCAUGGCGCGGCGAGGCUGUCCGGGAAGUCCAGCAGCUUCCUGUCGGGCGCCUCCUCCGCGGGGUCUUCCGGUCGUGGCAGUGGCAGUGGCGGAUCGCAGAAGGAGAGACAGCAGCCGGGUAAGCCGCCGGAGGGCGUCGUCAACAUCAACUCCGGCGUGCUCGCCGGCGGGCCGCCUGUGCCGGUCGCCGCGCAGAAGAUGCUCAGGCUCGUGGACACCUCGCAGGUGACCAUGGGGCCCCAGGACAGCCCCGGGUACUGGCUCGUCACCGGUGCAAGGCUCGACGUCGACAACGGGAGGAUCUCGCUGCACGUCAAGUUUUCCCUGCUUGCCCCGGCUUCCUGA